GCCUCCUCGUCCUCCGCUCGCAGCCGCCGCCUCCGCCGGGCUGAGGAGCCGGGAGUCCGCCGCGCCAGCUCGGGGCUGCGGGAUGGGGAGUUAGCGCCACGGCGGCGGCAGUGGCCGCAGCGCACCCCGCCGCCGCCCAGGAGCCCGUCCAGCCAGGGGUGCCGGGCCCGCCCAGCCCGCCCCGGAGCCAGGCCCGCGGGCGGCGGCGGAGCUGGGCAGGUGGAUGCGGCUGGAAGAUGGCGCCCUCGGGCCCGGGCAGCAGCGCCAGGCGGCGGUGCCGGCGGGUGCUGUACUGGAUCCCGGUGGUCUUCAUCACUCUCCUGCUCGGCUGGUCCUACUACGCCUACGCCAUCCAGCUGUGCAUAGUGUCCAUGGAAAACACUGGCGAACAAGUUGUGUGCCUGAUGGCCUAUCAUCUACUUUUUGCAAUGUUUGUCUGGUCAUACUGGAAAACUAUCUUUACAUUACCAAUGAAUCCUUCAAAAGAAUUCCAUCUCUCUUAUGCAGAGAAAGAUUUGUUGGAGAGAGAGCCAAGAGGAGAAGCCCAUCAGGAAGUUCUUAGGCGAGCAGCCAAGGAUCUUCCCAUCUAUACCAGGACCAUGUCUGGAGCCAUCCGAUACUGUGACAGAUGCCAACUUAUAAAACCAGAUCGCUGCCAUCACUGCUCCGUCUGUGAUAAAUGUAUUUUGAAGAUGGAUCAUCAUUGUCCAUGGGUGAACAAUUGUGUUGGAUUUUCAAAUUAUAAGUUCUUUCUACUUUUCUUGGCUUAUUCUCUGCUCUACUGCCUUUUUAUUGCGGCAACAGAUUUACAGUAUUUUAUCAAAUUUUGGACAAAUGGCCUACCUGAUACUCAAGCCAAGUUCCAUAUUAUGUUUUUAUUCUUUGCUGCAGCUAUGUUUUCUGUCAGCUUGUCUUCUCUGUUUGGCUAUCAUUGUUGGCUAGUCAGCAAAAAUAAAUCUACAUUAGAGGCAUUCAGAAGUCCAGUAUUUCGACAUGGAACAGAUAAGAAUGGAUUCAGCUUGGGUUUCAGUAAAAACAUGCGACAAGUUUUUGGUGAUGAGAAGAAGUACUGGUUACUACCCAUUUUUUCAAGUCUAGGUGAUGGCUGCUCCUUUCCAACUUGCCUUGUUAACCAGGAUCCUGAACAAGCAUCUACUCCUGCAGGGCUGAAUUCCACAGCUAAAAAUCUCGAAAACCAUCAGUUUCCUGCAAAGCCAUUGAGAGAGUCCCAGAGCCACCUUCUUACUGAUUCUCAGUCUUGGACGGAGAGCAGCAUAAACCCAGGAAAAUGCAAAGCUGGUAUGAGCAAUCCUGCAUUAACCAUGGAAAAUGAGACUUAACUCUUCAAGCAAGAUAAAUUCAUACUUUAUAAAAGUAUCAAUGCUGUAGAUGGAUGGAAGAGGCUUCCCACAGGAAGGUGCCACCAGUCAGUUGUGCCUAUGUCCCUUUGGCUGGAAAUGCAGAAUAUGAAUUGAUUAGUUCUCUCCAAGCCAUUGCUUAAAAUAUAACAUGUUUUGGAUCCAAUACACACAUUGUUACAACUAACACAAAUUCCUAUUAAAUAUUAAAAGUAGUUCUGGUUUAUUAAUCAACGGGGAAAACAUCUUCUCCGAAAAACUUGGAAUAAAUCCAAGGACCAGUUUUUACCCAAAUAUAUGGGUAGCACAGUUUAUCACAUAGAAACUCCAUUAAUCAUCUGAUUUUCUGAAUCUGAAAAUUGAGACUAUUAAAAUAUUAAGAUUUCAGAGAUUUCAAGUCACAUUAUAAUGAUAAGCGUUAUUCAUAAAACUUGUUACCUUUAAGAAGGUGGAAGUGGCAAACCAUACUUCUUUUUUUUCCUUUGCUGUGAAUCCAGCCUCAGACUGAGUGAACUGUAAUAAUUAUGAAUUCAUUACAGAGUCCAGGUGGCCUGCAGUUGAAGAUCAUCAACCAUUUUUGCCUCACUUAAUUCCAGCCUUUUGUUUUCUGCUGGAAAAUAAGUGUGGACAUUGAAGCUUGAGCUCUCAAAGCAGUUGGCUGGAAUACUUUUGUCAGAAUACGGUACAUUUCUAUUACAUCGGAAAUAUAUUUUCAUCUCUUCUUGUUAAAUUGGGAGGAAAUUUACGAUAGCAAUUAUGAAGAUUGUUUUAUGACAUUCUUUUGUCAGUUUGGCUUUCUAAAAAUCUCUUUUUAAAUUAUUUCUCCUGUUGAACAUAGUAAAACUAUUGAAUUUCUCUUAAGAUUUCCCAAUAGGUCAAUAGAUUUACCCUCCAGUGAUAUCUAUAUUAUUUCUUUCUCAUCUCAUCAAAAUGAUGACAGGUAAACUAUAUUUUUCCUUAAACACCUAUUACAAUUAAAUUAUGCAAAUCAUUAAAUAAAAAUCAUACAACUUUUCGAUAGUUCAACAUGAACUAAAAUGGCAUGCUAUUUGGAAAUUUAGUUUGAGAUAAACUAAAGUGGUGUGUUUGUUGAUGCCAGAAUGUUCAGCUUCAGUAAAUAUAAUAAGCUCUUGUGCCUUGUAUGCACUAUUUAAAAAAAGUUUUUUUUAUUUGAGUCCAGUAUAAUUUAUGUAAAUGUUAACAAUUAGAAUAAUACUCUGUAUGCUUUUUUGGUACUGAUUUUGAGAAUUUAAAGCAGCUUACCUUUUAAAACUGGACCAACUAAGUAAUUGGUAUUUAAUCAAAGAGAAAAUGGUAAUAAACUUUUCAAAAUCUUUGUUAAACCAAACAUUCAACACAAAAUAAACUAGAAGGCCAGAGGAUAAUGGAAUAAAAGAUCAUUGCAAUUACUUAUCCUUCCUAAAAAUAUAGUUUUAUAUUAAUUGUGCUUAUGGAAGAAACAAUGUCAGCCAAGUCCAUUUUAUAGUUUGAGUGCAAUUCUUUGAACAAUAGAAAUAUCUGCAGUCUUUCACAGAUUUGUAUUAUGCUGAAGAGUUUCAUCUGACAAUCUGCUUCAAGAAAUCUCAGAAAAUAUGAUAACAUUUUAACUUUCAUUUUAGAGCACAUUUUGGUCAUUUUAAAAAAUACCUAAAGUGCCAGACCGGAACCUAUAGCUACUGCUAGAAGUCUUAAAAAAAACCAACAGCAGCACAGGAUGUAUUAAGAAUUAUAUGAAGUCAGGUUUGUUUGUUUGUUUGUUUUUCAAAGCACAGUACUGUUAGCUGUUUUUGUGGACAGGAUUCGAUUAAGUAUUCCCUCUUGUCAAACUGGAAGCUAGGGGAAAAAGAGGGAUUUUUAUCCUUUACUCUUCUAGAGUACUGUUAAUGCCCCUUUCCCACAGUCUUUUAUAUAAUUAAAUAUAUGUCAAUACACAUUAGAAUCAGAUUUGAAAAAGUUAAAACAAUUUCAUUGUUGUAAUUGUUCCCUUUGUUUUCAUAUAGUGAAUAACCUUUAAAGGGUUGUUUUGUUUUGUUUUGAAUUAUAGUAGUUAUAAUUUUUGGAGAUGAUUGCAUAUCUCAUUAGAUAUGCAAUAUAAAUUUAUCUGAGUGAACAAAGUGCUAAAUAAAUAGAUCUACAUUUUGUACAUAUUUAUAUAAAAUUUACCUUUAAGUAUUUACUUUAAAAAAUUUAAUGGCUUAACUCGAACUUGAAGACACAUACUUCAACUGUCCUUAUUGUCCAUUAAACUGAUAAUUUUGAUUUUUCUUGUUUUUAUAGAUUUUACUAUAUAGGAAUCAAGAUUUAAGAAAUUUUGCAUUAAAAAUAGUGUACCAAUGCUUCAUAUACGUUAGCUAUUUGCUAUUAUGUAGGGAAGAGGAUUGUUAUUUCAAAGAUAUAUUAAAGAACAGUUGCAUCUGAAUAUAAUCAUGAUGCAGUCAAUGAAGUUCAUAUCCAUGAAUUCACUCCUAAUAUACCCUAAUAAAGUGGUUGAUCACCUACA